CCGGGAAACCUGGAGGCUGGCUCCCCGUGGAGGCCGGGAGCGUCGGAGCAGGCCCCGCCCAUCCUUUCAGUGCGCGGAGCCCUCGAAGCGCCCGCGGAGCUACCGGAGGCUAGGCGAGUACGGUCCAGACCGCCUCCUCAUCAAAAAUAACCUCUCUGGCGCCUUCCUGCUACAAUGACCUUUCAUUCAUUGGAUAGAGUCUCGCACACUGUGUGAUCAUCGUUUUGAGCCUGAAGUGCUAAAAUACAGGUGCAAGUGUUUGAGAACCUCUGUAGUAGAUAAUGGACGCAGUGCCUAAUUUAAGGAGGAGAGGCGGAGUGGAAAAUGAAAAAAGCUUCACUGCAGUGGGGACUUGUUAACAGCCCUGGAGAGGAAGGGGCUUAAUAGAGUCUGAAAACCGUGAGAGAGCUUGACCGAUGAAAUGGGCCUGGCUGUCUGGGGUAUCGGUAAUUUGGUGAAUGUUGCUUAAGAUCAGCCUGGAAAGGUAGUUAGCCAGAUCCGAAGUGACAUAUUUGCACUGCCAAAGGAGCCUCUGGAGGUUAAAAAGUAUGUGUUUUUAUUUCACUGAGGCCAUGUAAUGCAGGGUUGACGGACCGAUCUUAUAAAUCACCUUGGAGUGGAGCAGUGGAGAGUUAGAGACACUGACUACCCUAGAGCUGGCUGCAAACUAGUGCUUGUUAUUGUAACUCGAACUCCCCAUCCCCAGAAAUUCUCAGAUCUUAGAAGCGGAAGACUGGCAAGGAUACUAGAGAGAACUACUUGAGUAGGCAAAGUCAGACUAGAUACCGAAUAGGACCCCAUCCAAAAAUACAGAAGGCUGAGGCCGGGGUGCUGGGGAACCUUGCGGUGCUGGGAUUCCCGUUGACACCCCGACGGAGCUUGGCUGCAGAGCCCCGAAGUCCCGCACUUCCGCCCGCCAGGUGGCGCUGGUUCUGACGCCGACUCCCGGAGAGACUAAGGCCGGCCACUCAAGAUGGCGCCGUCCGCGUUGCUGCGUCCCCUCUCCCGGCUGCUGGCCCCCGCCAGGCUCCCGAGCCGCUCUUCAGCGCGGUCGAAAUUCUACGCGCGAGACCCUCCGAAUGCCAAACCUGACUGGCUGAAAGUUGUGUUGUCCGUGGGCACCAGCAUCUUCUUGUGGGUCUAUCUCAUCAGAAAACAUAAUGAAUAUAUUUUAGAGUACAAAAGAAGAAAUGAACUGGAAUAAACUUGAAAUACCAAUACAGUAUGCUCCAUAUAGUGACUGUAGCUGUUUCUCUGGAUUUACCAUCUGCUAAAUUGUAAAUGUGAGAAAAAAGGUUAUAUGUGACUAUAUAGGAAGUCAGCAUUUGUAUUUUGCAUCAUUAAAAUAAAAUAAAUAAAAAAUGCU